AUGCAGGCCCCUCCUCCAAAUGGGCAAAUGCCCAUGCCCACCCCAGAACAGAUCCAAGAGAUGCAGAGGCGACUUGCUGCCGAUGCUCAGGCUGCCGGCAUGACAGUUCCAGAGUUCAUUGAACACAUCAAAAGACAGCAAUAUGAGCACAUGAUGAGAAUGCAGCAGCAGGCCCAGCAGCAGCAGCAACAACAAGGCGGCGGUGGUCCUCAGCAGCAACAUCAGCACCAGCACCAGCAUCAACACGGCCCCCCAGCCCAAGCCCAGCCAAUUGUUCCCGGCCCUCCGAAUCCGCUCGCCCUUGUGCUGGCCAAGUUCCUUCGCAGCCAGGAGCUUAAGCCACGCACAGUGAUUCUCAAUGGCGAGCGCAAGGACAUGUUCAGAGUCAAACGUGCCCUUCGCGCUCUCCAAUCCGAUGCCUACAAGAAGUUGCGUACCAAGAACCCUGCUCUUCCAGAGAUCACCGAUCGUGCCUCCCUCGAGAAUGCUUUCAAGCUCCUUCCCAUGUCCAUGCUUGCUCUCCGCGUCGUCCAGAUCGACGAGCACGAGGGCCAUGACCACGCCCCUGCCAAGAAGAGCAGCAAACGCGUCAAGGGUCUCUGGACUGUACGCAUUGAACCUCAACAAGAAGCAGGCGAUGAUAUGUACUACGUUUGGCUCUGGGAAGGCAGCCAGGUCAUGCGCAAGGUCUAUGCCGCCCUUGCUCUCCUCAUCAUCUUCACUCUCGUCUGCUACCCUCUCUGGCCGGUCAAGCUGCGCCAGGGUGUGUAUUACCUCAGUUGGGCUUUCCUGGUCUUCCUGGGUUUGUUCUUCGCCAUGGCUAUCUUCCGUGUUAUUCUCUUCUGUGUCACCUACUUCGUUUUGAAACCCGGCUUCUGGCUGUUCCCUAAUUUGUGGGAGGAUGUUUCUGUGGUGGACAGUUUCAAGCCUGUCUGGGCCUGGCACGAUCCCAACCCUAAGAAGAAGAAGAAGAGCAAGAAGGUCAAGGCAUCAGCCACUGCUGGAGCAACUUUCUCGGCUGCUACUGGCCAAGCUGCCCCUGCUACUGCUUCUGUAAACUCCACAGCUACUCAGAUCGCCUCUGGCCCGACUCCUACACAACGUAGUUACCUGGCACCGAGAGUCGAGGAGCUGGAGGAUGACGAGGAGUAG